AUGCCUUCGCAACAACGACGCAACGCAAAGCCUUCAUCGAGCAAGGCAAAACGACGUGCGGUGGUGGAAGAGUCGGAAUCUUCAUCGGAUGACUUCUCUGAUGGUGAUGGAACAGAAGUGAGAAAUGUGGUUGGAGAAGAAGAUGAAGAAAUUUUGGAAUUGGAUGAAGAGGAAAAUUCUCCUGAAAAGCAAAAGAGGUCGUCCACUGGAUCCGUAACAUUUGAAACACCUGCUACGGCUAAACAUAAAUCUUCAUCAUCACGUAGAAAGUCUUCUCUUUUUGUUCCAUCACAGAUAGAUGAUUUGGGAAUUAACGAUGAUGAAAAUGAAAAAAGACACAAUCAAAAGAGACGUGAUAAAAGAAAGAGUGUUGGCAUUGGAUUUUUAACAACAGAAACACAUCGUAGAAGUGGAGCUCACGCCAGCAGCACUGCAGGUUUAGUUUCAACAUCACGGACAUUAACGUCAUCCGAAUUGGAAGCUCUCUUUCAAAAUUGUAUCAAAUUAUCAUCUGAAAAUAAGAUCAAUGUCAAGAACACGUGGAAUUUAAAUUUAAUUGAUUAUAUUGGUGAAGUUUUAGAAACAACCCUUACAGGUGGAAGUUUUCAAGCUGCCAGUUGCACUCUUGAUGCUGGUGUUAAAAUUUAUUCGACUCGUGUUGACUCCGUUCAUACAGAGGCUUACAAAGUUUUAACGAGUUUUGCCAGAGCUGAUCCUCAAAAGAGCUCUUCCUCAGAAAAUAACAACGAUGGAGAAGAAGGAGCAAACAAAGAUGGAGAAGAGGCUGAAAAAUCUAAAAAGAAACGAGUUCGACAUGGUGUGAACACUCUCGAAACGAAUAUUAAUAACAUCACUGUGAAAAAGCUUGAACUUGCCUAUGUGAUUGAACCUUUGUACCAUACUUCACUCGGAUCGUCAAACAAUUUCGACGUGGGAAGUGCCAAUUCUUUGCUUUUAAACAAUUUAGGACUUGGAUAUGGAUGUGAAGUUAUAAUAGACUCAAAAAAUUGGGACUAUGCAUACAAGAAAAUUGCAUCUGAGAGCAAUAAUCGUCCAAAUCAAACAAAACAAACAGCAGAGCAACAUCGGCAAGGAGCUGUAACCACCACCAAUGAAGAGGAAGAAAGAAUUCAUCCAAUAGCUUUAGAUAAGAGUGCAAUGGGGCGUUUGUUGACGACAUCAUUUAUAGACGAGAAAAUGCUUGAAGAAAUGGAAGAACGAGCCAAACUAACUCAACAACAAUCGAAAGAGCACAACCUUCAACCACAAGGAGAUGAUAUACCAUUGCAGCAACCUAUCUCAACCGAAGAAAUUCAAACUCAACACAAUGUGUUAACAUCAGAUGUACCCACCAUUAAUAAUAAUGGAUUUGCUUCAGAACAGACACCGUCACUUUCGGAGAAUUUCACCUUUGAUCUUGGUGGAGGUUUCGGUGGUGGAAUUGAUGAUUAUGGCCCACCGGAUACAGCAAUGUCUGAUGGUCUCACACCUCAAUCGUAUGGUGGCAUGCCUCUCGACACCACCACACAAAUACCUCAAAGACUUUCAAUUGGUGGUGAUGGGGUCAAUGCCUUAAUUACUGCUGCUACUGAGGUUGGAGGUUUGGCUCCCGAUCACUUUGCAAAUGCCAAUCAUGAUGACGAUGAUGACGACGAUGGCUUGGGUAUAUUUGAUACAGAUUUUGCCAAUGCAGAACCGCAAGAUGUCGUACCUCAAGAAAUUGGAGAUGAUGACACUGUCAUAGUAGAACAGCAGAAUAAGCUUCAAGCAAGUGAGCCUUCGCAACCAACAUCGAUCACUGAAAUGAUUCAAAAGAAUCCUGAAACGAUCACUGUUGACAAUGACUAUGAAUACUUUGAUGUUACCAAGAUUAAACAUUGGGCUGGAAUUGAGCAUUGGAAGCCAUCAGCAAAAUCAAAAACUCAAGGCACAAAUGCUAAGAAAUCGAAAAAACGAACACAAAAGUCAAAACCCCAUGUUUUUGAUUUUUUAAAUGAUCCUUAUACCAUUGACUAUGCUGUACAAUUUAAGUAUUCCAAAAAACCUGAAGACAAUCAAAUUAAGAAUGCAACAUCCAAGUUGACCUUACUUCCUAAAGAUGUUCAUUAUGAUUUGAGCAUGUUGCUGAGACCGUUCAAUCUUCCAGCAGCAUUUACUGACAAACAUUUACAAGCUAUUGUUGAACAGGGCGCUCGAAGCAAAACAAGCUCCUCCAGCGCGAACAGCAAUACGGAGCCUAAAUUGACGGGUGCACCUGAAAGACCCACUCAAAACGGAAUGUUUAUUACGACUUCCAGCAAACUUUAUGAUGACAGUGAUGAAGAUGAAGAAAUGGGUCUCAAUGCCCCACAAGGUUUUGGUAUGGACAAUAUGGACAUUGGGGGUUUUGAUAAUUUUGGAGAUACUGGAUUUGGAACAAAUAACACAACAGAAGCUUCUCAGCAGCAACCAUCUGCAGAUGCUACUGCCAUGACAACAAUUACAGACUUGGGUAACAACCAAACUAACAUAACAAUGGCCACCUCAUCUAUGGAGCCUCCUUCGUCGAUUGAACCUCAACAAGACACUGUACUGAAUGAUUCACACAACUCCUCAAUGACAAUGGAAGAUAUUCAACUUAAACCUCAAGAAUUGAACAAUCCAAAUGAAGUGACAAUGGUUGCUGGAGCUCAAUUAAUUGAAGCUCCAAAAUUAGUGGAAAAGCUCAAUAUCAAGUAUGCCACCAGGGCCAAGCAAGUCGAUGUGAGGGCUUUGAAAGAUCAUCUCUGGACAGAAAUCGAAACAGCACCCAAAACAGAUAUUAACUUCUCGGAUGUUGUCUCAUCUCUAAACACGUCCAAGCCAAAGGCAAACGAGAAAAAACCAGACUUUUCAGAAGUGUCUGUCCCAUUUUGCUUCAUUUGCAUGCUCCAUCUUUGUAAUGAACAAAAUCUUGAGCUAGAAGGAACUCCUGACUUUUCUGACUUUAAGGUGGUAAAGCCAGCGAAUGGGCAAAGAAGACAGUCUUUGGAGGAGAUGACGAAUGACGAUUAA